AGAAAAUGGAUUACGACCCGUCCCAAUAUCGGGAGCGAAACAACGCCUCCUGGGACCGAAUCCGGCACGAAAACGCGGCCAGUGUGCGAUCGGAGCCAGCUGACUAUAUGUUUGAUUAUAGUAAUUAUAAUAAUAAUAAUAAUGUACGAGAGCUUGGGUCUCGCCACGAAAUUGCUCAAUAUCCUCCCGCGCAAAAUCUGGAUUUUGAGCCUGUUCAAAGCCUAGAUGGCCUGGAUUUUGUGGGUGAAGAAGUCGCAAUUCGGGGGGAAAUUGAGGAGGUGGAAGACGAUGAAUCUGAAGACGAAUCCGACGAAGAAAUCGAUCGCCCUGACAUUUAUUGCAUGGAAUGUAGAUCAAAAAUCGAGGAUACCAACUCGCAUGACUGCAGACUAAAGCCGAAGCUUUUCGAGUGCACAGAAUGCCGGGAAAGCUUCAACUUUGAGAAAAAUCUGAAAAUCCACAAAAUUCUCGACCACCUGAAAGCUACUGACUUUGUGAGAGGAACCAUUUGCCAAUUCUGCUCGAAAGACAAAACUCACGCGCCUUUUAGCCGAUUUUCGGCCUAUAUUGGACAUGUAAAAGUUCAUUUAAAAUCCGAUGAUUUGGAGUGUGAGCAGUGUGGCAAUGAGUUUGAAAAUGAGCUCGACCUCGACCAUCACAUCCGCCGCGAGCACUCCACCGACGUCUACGAGCUUGUAUUCUGUCCGAAAUGUAAAAAAGUGCUCACAUUAGAAGAAUCUUCAGCUCAUUCUCUUUUGCAUUCGGCGCAAAAUUCCGUAAAAAUUCGUCGACGAAAAUCAGCGCCAUUUCCCGAAAAACCUCCUCCAAAAAAGGCUUCCCAUACAGGAAAAAAACCAGUUCGAGAGAAGAAAAAUGUGUGCCCAUACUGUAAUAAAGCAUUUGUCAGGCCUGCGGAGCUUGCCAGGCACUCAUUUGUCCAUCUGAGAGCCAAACAUCUCCAGAGCUCCUCCACUGAAAUCCCAAAAUGGAAAUGUGCAAUUUGUUUUAAAGAAUACGCUCAUCAAGCUGGACUCUCCGAGCACAAGCGUACAGUUCAUGGAAAUGCCAAGCAAAUUGUGUGUCGAAUAUGUGGAAUGUCUUUUUCAAAGCGCUCCAACCAUGACCGUCACAUGCUAAAAAUCCACCCAAUCGAACAGGAUUCCCGUGAUCAAUGCCAAUUUCAAUGCCCCGACUGCCCGACAGUAUUCAAGAAAUUGGGCUCACUGACCGCUCACAAAAGAGCCUGUCACCUCCGGACGGAUACACUGAAAAUCCCGACAAAACCUCUUCCGAUCUACAAGCGCCAUGUGUGCAAAACGUGUAAACGAGAGUUCCGCGACGCGAAAAUGCUCGAAAAACAUCGCCGAUUCCAUUUGCUCGCGGAGCACCGCUGGCGGGAUGCUCUUCUUCUACACGGUGGUGGCGGCGGCGAGCGAAAAUGCACGUAUUGUGACAAGAGUUUUGUGCUCCGCGCCUCACUUGUCUGGCAUAUGCAGAAGCAUUUCGAAGAGGAGGAGCAACAGCAGGAGCAUCAUCAUCAGCCAUUUUGUGCUCUUUGUGACCUGAAUUUCUUCAGCCAACAAGAAUACAGACAGCAUCUUGAUGAGCAGCACUCGGUGAUUUGCGCUGUGUGCAAUCAGAAAUUCUCCUCACGUCAAGUCUACGAGGAUCACAUUUGUAAUCGGAAAUUCGCGACGAGGCACCACGCCAUGAUGAUGGCUCAGCAGCAGACGAAUCGUGUGCUCAUUUGUCGGCAGUGUAAACCACCGCAGAGGCUUACCACUGCACGACAGAUUAAAGAACACCGUGCCCGACACCUUCCCCGCAAGUCACAUCUCUGUUGGACGUGUCACAAAUCAUUCCGUACCGCGCAACUUUUAUCCCUCCACGCCGAAGUUCACGAUCGUCAGCCGAUUCAGUGUGCUCAUUGUCCACAAGUCUUCCAUAGUCGUGUCGCUCUAAAACAACACACACGUAUUAGUCAUGGUGGUGAUACGAACUAUCAAUGCGUCGUCCACGUGGAUCGAACGAUGGCAAUGUCGGCACAAUCAUUCGCCGAGUAUGGACUGGCAGCGGAUCAAAAUGAAGGGGAUGAUGAUGAACAUGCUCACCGAGCACACUCUGUUACAGAAUGGAUGGAUAGUGGAGUUGUUGAAGAGGAGGUUAUUAGUCAAGAGGAUCAAGGGGAUAUUCGAUAUACAAUACAACCGAUUCUUAGCGAUGCAGAACAGCCAAUUCGUUGUGAAGUUUGCCAUCAUUUGUAUAAUAAUAUUGAAAUGUUAUGCGAUCAUUGGCAGGGAAGCGACACAGACACUGAUCAUUCGUACGGAAUAGUGACGUGUCCGAUAUGUGAGUCGAGAAUUCGUGGAGCAUCGGAAGCUGCCAAUCAUUUGAGAAGUGUACAUUUAUUUGCAAGGCCACGUAUUCAUCUUCAGUUUAUGAAACCCUCAACAAAUGACCUCAUUCCAAUCACAUCUGCUCCAUCUGAUUCUCUUGCUCUGGCAAUCAUUCCAUCCACAACUCCUGUCACAACAAUUCAGCAGCAAGUGAAGAAAGGUCACGAAUGUCCGCAAUGCUUGAAAGUGUUGACAAGAAAGAACGAUUUGGAUCGCCAUAUGAGAAUACAUGCAGGAGCCCGAGACUUUAAGUGUCCGACGUGUUCGAUGAGCUUCCGUGUGAAAUCCACAUUAACCACGCAUAUGCAGACACACUCGGAUGCUCCACCACAAUAUCAGUGUACAGUAUGCGAUAAGUCGUUCUACGAGAAGAAGACUCUAGUUGUGCAUAUGAGAAUUCAUACUGGAGAAAUGCCAUUCAAGUGCCGGUUUUGUGAUCUGCAUUUUAGAACAAUUGCAAUGACUCGAACUCAUGAGAAGAAAUGCUCAUUCGGUGGUCCCCAUCGCCCGAUUCUGCCCGAUCCAUCGACCCGAUCGAUUUCUUCGUUCCAACCGCAAUUCGUUGCACCACAAGUUGAUAUGAAUCGAACUAUCACUCAAAUCUCAUCCCUACCACAGCACAGCCUUAAUUUAUCCCGAAAUUCGGCGUUCAACGAAGUUCGUGCAAUGGGAGCAUUGGUAACAAGUGGAGAAAGUCGAAUAUUCGUGAUAACAAAGCCGAUCACUCAAAUGCAAUACGUGGUUAUUGUGCAGAAAACGAAACCUCCAGAGGGUACUAUGAGAUAUGCGGUCGACACAGUAAGCGAGAUAAAAAUCAAUCAAUUGCAAGAAUCGACAAAUCUCUCGAUUGUUCUUCAUAAUGAUAUGCGCCUCAACCUGAACACUGUCCGAAUGCUCCAAAUGCUCCCAGCUCUAGGCCUAGACGAUGCCUACAAGGAACGGGUUACUGUAGGCGAUUCGGAUGAAAUGAUGGAUAAUGAGCUCUUCUCGAUUAUUGCUCACAACAAGACUAGCGGAGUUUCGUCGUUUAUUCGCCGCUGCGAGAUUUGUGAAAUUGAUCUACCGACGAAACGCGCCAGUGAUGCGCAUUUCUAUUCGGAAGAUCAUGAAACUGCGCAGCUAAUGUAUCCAUCGAAAAACACGACGCAACCAAUGAUGUCAGUUGACCGUAAUCUCGGAAUGCCCAACAUGCACGCAAUCAACGCCGAAACUUCCGAAUUCAACUGUAAACUGUGUGGAACACGAUUCCUCGACAUGGACCCCCUUCUCACACACAUCCGGCAGGAACACGAUGAGCAGCCCGUUAUUCCGCCGAGACCUGUUGCGCAUACUGCUCCGAUUAAUUGAAUUUUCAAAUUUUAGAACCUAUUUUUUUAGCAUACUUUAGCAUAUAUUUGAUCUCCUCACAUUUUUACGCGGUUUUAUUAUAUUGAUGAUGUGUACCUUUUUUUGCUCAUUUUUAUCAUUGCCCAAAAUAAAGAUGAUAUAAAAUUUUU